UGGUGUGGAAAAGAUGGCUGCUUCGGCGGCAACGGCGAGUUCUUCCCCGGGUUUGUGUCCAAAUUACGCCGUGAUUUGCUCCUUCCUGGAGCGGUACGGAGCGUUGUUGGACUUACCGGAGCUCACCUUUCCUCAGCUGGAGAGAUAUCUGCAGGACACAUCCUCAGUUCCAAAGCUGCUGGUUGAUCUUCACGUCAAGUUGCUGAGGAAGAUCGGCAAGUCGGUCACAGCAGACAGAUGGGAGAAGUAUCUAGUGAAGGUAUGUCAAGAGUUCAACACAACCUGGGCAUGGGAACUCGAACAAAAAGGAUACAAGGAGCUGCCGACGGAGUGCAAGACGGGGAUACUUAAAUAUUUGUGUGAGUGUCAGUUUGAUGACAAUGUGAAGUUCAAAACUGCCAUCAAUGAGGAGGACCCAGAUAAGAUGCGGCUGCAGCCGAUCGGCCGGGACAAAGAUGGUCAGAUGUAUUGGUUUCAACUGGACCAGGACGACAAUGUGCGCGUUUAUUUGGAGGAACAGGACGACUUAGACGGGUCGUCGUGGAAGUGCAUCGUCAAAGAUAGAAAUGACCUGGCUGAGGUUGUGGCUCUGCUGAAGACACAAAUCGACCCUGCACUGUUAAAAAAAGAUCAAGAAACCAAACCUGACGGUGAAGAGGGUAAAGAGAAAACGGAAGAUGGUGAAGUUAAAAAGAUUGAGGACUCAUCGGAUGAAGACAACAAAGACUCCAACAAGGAUGUUGGUCCACUCUCACCAAAGAGCGAGAAUAAGGAAAAAGUAACGCAGAAAGACAACAUGAAAUCAGAAACUUCGGAGGCCAAAUCAUCACUAAAUGGCACUAUUGAAGGCAAAACUGAAGCAGAGCUCAACUCAGAAAAGCCUACGGAUCUCGGUAUCGGUUCAAAAGCCCACAACAUAAAAGAAGAGCCAAUGGAGGUGUCGAACACUAAAACAAGCACAGCAACAAGUGAACCCUCCUCUGAGACGCCAUGUAUAUCAGUAAAGGCAGAAAAAGGAGAGGAGGCUAGGAAGAACAGUGCAGAGGAGAUUCAGCAGGCUCUGAAGAAUGACCAACAGGCGAAAAUCCCUUUGAAAAAAAGAGGAAUGAAGUUUAGUGAAGACUUUGAAAAACAUAGUGGCAUCAUAGUGCCAAACCCAUCUGUUUCACAGGUGAAAGAAGCUCCUAAAGCUGACUCGGCUCCUGAACAGACCAAGAAAGCGCAGAAUGUAAAUGAUCACGUUAAUGGUGAAGUUCAGCCUUCAUCAGAGAAAGGCUUCCAGAGUAAUUUGUGCAAGUCACCAAAAGAGCAGACGGUUGAACCAGAUGCAGAUAAAUCUGUAGAAAAGAGAGAAAAUGACUCUCCAUCCACAGACAAGGAUGAUAUGAAAGAUAAAAAGGAUGAAGCUUGCAGUGCAGAGAAGGUCACAGAGGGAGUUGCAUCAAACCAAGCAAACUCUUGCAAGAAAAACCUAGAUGUGCAGGUAGAAAAGGAAAGCACUACAUCAAAAGAAAAGAAAGAAACACAUGAGUCUCCGCCGCCUUUACCUAAAGACGUGAAUAAUGAACCCGAGAAGUCGUCUAAUAAUGAAGAGCAUGAACAAAUAAAAGAAUCCAAACCAGCAGCUUCAAAAGAGUCUUGUACAGUAGACAAAACAUUAAAGGAAACCGAUAAAACAUCAACGGCUGGUGAGUCAGAGAAAGUCACAUCCAAAGAAGUUGAAUCAAAAGACUCGGAGGAAAAACCAGCCAGUGUAGACCCAUCGGAGUCAAAUCAAACUGAAGAAACCAAGAAGUCAGAAAAUGUAACAGACAUGAAGCAAGCAGAAAUGGGUGAUGCUAAAGAAACGGCAACAUCUGAGACUAAAUUGGAUAAAUCAGUGGCAAAAGAAAAGCCCGAAGUCAUCAAAACAGCAAACAAAUAUCAUGCAAAGAAAUCUGCUGACGCUGUAUCACCAUCCGUCAUUAAAAAAACAGAAAUACUAAAAGACAGUGAUAAUACAGAGACUCAAGAAGCCACAGAAACUCCUAAGGUCAUUGAAAACGCAGACAAACCAGUAAUCGGUGAGAAAUCACAAGGAACAUCCAACGCUGAAGAGAGUGCCGAGUCGUCUGUUAUUAAAAAGCUAGACAAAUCAUGUAAACCUGUAGAGAAGCACGAUAACGUCAAAGAUGCAGAGAUGAAGCCAGAGCAAGCCAGUGCAGCCUCCGAGACCAACACAGAAAAGACGAAGAAGACAGAGAAGCCUGAAGAUGUAAAGAAAACUGUCAACUGUGAAGACAAUACGAUACAUUCCGUUUCCAAGAUAAGCGACUCUACGCCCAGGGCUAUGGGGGUAGAAGCCGUGGCCGUUAAACCCGAUCUGACAAAGCCACAAGAGGAUGACAAAACUGAGAUUAACUCAGUUGCAUGUAAGAUGACAGAGGAAGCAUCUGAAGGGAAAGAUAAACCAUCCAGCGCUGUUGAGAAGACAAACGUCUCCAAAGAAACUGAUAAAAAACCUGAAAGGCCAGACGCAGAACAGGAAAAGUGGUCUGAAGAACGGCCUAAAAAAUUUGAGACAGAGUGUCCGUCAUCAGAAAAUAAAAAGGAUGCCCAGAAGGAAAACAAAAAGGACACAGUCAAGGAAAAUAAAAAGGAAACCAUCAAGGAAAAUAAAAAGGACACAGUCAAGGAAAAUAAAAAGGACACGGACAGUGCAAAUAAAAAGGACACUGUCAAGGAAAAACUUAAAAAUGACAGUGAGAAACCCCAGUGUCAAGACAAAGAAAAUAAAGAGGAGUCGGACAAUGCAAAUAAGAAGGACACAGUCAAUGAAAAUAAAAAGGACACUGUCAAGGAAAAUAAAAAGGACACGGUCAAGGAAAAUAAAAAGGACACUGUCAAGGAAAAACUUAAAAAUGACAGUGAGAAACCCCAGUGUCAAGACAAAGAAAAUAAAGAGGAGUCGGACAAUGCAAAUAAAAAGGACACAGUCGAUGAAAAUAAAAAGGACACAGUCGAUGAAAAUAAAAAGGACACGGUCGAUGAAAAUAAAAAGGACACGGUCAAGGAAAAUAAAAAGGACACUGUCAAGGAAAAUAAAAAGGACACGGACAGUGCAAAUAAAAAGGACACUGUCAAGGAAAAACUUAAAAAUGACAGUGAAAAACCCCAGUGUCAAGACAAAGAAAAGAAAGAGGAUUCCACAACUGAUACACAAACAAAAACCGACGAAUCAAAGGAGGAGAAACAUGCUAAUAAAGAGAGUAAAACCUCGACCAAAAUCAAGGAAUCUGGUCACCAAAAGGUGAGCGAAGAACCCGACAGCAAAUCCUCAACUGAAACGGAGAAAGCCCGCCCCCCGAGCAAAGAACUGGAUACCAAAAAGCCCGCUGACGAGGAAAGCAAAAGCAAAAGUGAAGAGGAGGAUUCUGCGGCAAACAAAGGGGUGGCGAAUGGUGGGGAAGCGCCGUCCGAGCUUUACCGUCGGAAAAUCAAGCCCCGAGCCCACCGAAGGAAAGCUGAACUUCAGAGAGAGGAGAGACAAGCGGAUUCUGAGUCCGAUACCAACACAGGGAGAUCCCUUCGGAGAUCGCCCAGAAUCUCCAGACCAACACCGAAGGUGGUAGAGAUCCACGACAGGAAGCUGGAGAAAUCUCAGGCUACUCCACCGGCUGAGAAGUGUGAGGACAACGAGGGUGAGAAAGAAAAAGAUGAGGAGGAGGAGGAGGAGAAGGAGGAGGUGGUGAAGGCCGUUCAAAAGAAACCAAGAGAGAAAAAGGCUGAUCAGGAGGGUCAGCCCAAACCUAAGGGGAGAAAGAGACGGAAGGUUCGGUGGUCCAACACACGAACACGCCGUAAAAAGAAAGGCUCCGAAGACGACGACGACAGCGAGGAGGAGUCCAGCGAGGAGGAGGAGGAGAGCGAGGAGGAGGACGACAGCGACGAAGACUACAAGGUUGAGCGAGGCAGAAAAAGGCGGAAUCGUAACCGAGAAAGACGAAGCUCGGACUCCUCGACAUCCUCAGACGACGACCUACCUCCUAAUGACGACCCCUGCAAACAUUGCGGUCUUCCAAAUCACCCUGAGCUGAUCUUGCUGUGUGAUUCGUGUGACAGCGGGUACCACACAGCCUGUCUGAGGCCUCCCCUCAUGAUCAUCCCCGACGGAGAAUGGUUCUGUCCACCCUGUCAACAUAAGCUACUCUGUGACAAAUUAGAUGAGCAGCUCCAAAACCUCGACGCUGCUUUGAAAAAGAAGGAACGGGCCGAGAGAAGGAAAGAGCGUCUCAUUUAUGUUGGAAUCAGUCUUGAAAACAUCAUCACGCCCUCAGUGGAGGAGGAGCAAGAAAAGCCUGAGAUCAUCAUCAAAGAGAAGAAAGAAACAAAGCGCAGUAAGAGCUGGGGCCGAAGGUCUACGAGGACAAAGAAAUCCAUCAGCUACAGAUUUGAUGAAUUUGACGAGGCGAUCGAGGAGGCAAUUGAGGAAGACAUCAAAGAAGCAGAGGGCGGAGGAGCUGGUCGGGGCAAAGACAUGGCCAACAUCACAGGGCACAGAGGGAAGGAUAUGUCCGUCAUCCUUCAAGCGGAUGAGGGGAAAGAGAACGGCCGCCCGCCACGACCCUCCGCUGGUCAGCGCAGGAAAAAACGCAGGCGACUGAAUGACCUGGACAGCGACAGCACCGUGGACGAGGAGGAAAGUGAGGACGAGUUUCGCAUCAGUGAAAGCUCAGAAGAAGAGUUUGUCGUGUCAGAAAAUGACACGGACGGUGAGUUUGAGGUGGACUACAAUGACAGCGACUUUGGCAGCAACAGCAGCAGGCAUCGUACUUCUUCGCGGCCCAGAAAGGCACCGAAACAACGACGAAGCUCCAGAAAACGGCGGAGACCGCGGGGUUACUCGGAUGAUGAAGAAGAGGAGACAGAUGAGGAAGAUGAAGACGAAAUAGCGACUGAAGGCUCCAGCGAGUACAGCGACAGUGAUCUGGACAUGAGUCGACGGCGGUCUCGGCGGAGUUUGAAGAAGCAGGUGAACUACUGCGAGACGUCCGAGUCCGAAGGCUCUCAGGCAGAAACCAACCGGGCCAAAAUGAAACCCAGACACCGCCAGGAUAGCUCCGACAGUGAGGCGAGUUUCUCCAGAGACUCUGAGGAGGAGUCGAGGGAUCGGAGGGUGAAGAGGAAAGCCGACUCCUCAGAGGAAGAUUCCCGGCAGCGGCGCAGACGUCUUGCACUAAAACGCAGGAGAGCUUCUGAAGACGACGACUCGGACGAUGACUCUGACGAAUCGUCGGAGGAGGAUCGCCCCGUCCGUAAACGCGUGAACCGCAUAGACUCGGACGACGACGACGAGGAACAGGAGGAGAAACCGAAGGAGAACAAAGCAGCUGAAAAAGAGGACGAGGAGUCAAAGGGAACAAAUCCAGUGGUCUGCAAUCCGGUGGCGCUGCCACCCACCAACGGACAGAGCCCGAUUAAGAGCCUCGAGGGCCUCGUUAGCAAGCCCGCUGCCGCCACUCCAGGCCUCACCCCACAUCUGGAGCCACCCAAAAACAUCAGCGCCACACCAGCCGCUGCCAUAGCACCAAACGGUCUGGUUGGCCAGGAGAUGGCGGCGCAGGAAGAAGACGAAGACGACCUGUUAGGAGUCACAGACCUAGUGGACUACGUCUGCAAUAACGAAGAUUUGUAAAAAAAAAAAAAAAAAAGUGUAUUGUUUCAUUUUUUGUGGUAUUGUAUUUUUAUAUUGCUUAACUUUAUUAUUCCCUCCCCCACGAACAUUUCCUCGUCGUCCUUUUUAUUUGUGUCAUCUGGACCUUGAGUCUCCGCAAUCUCUGCUACAGUAAGAACUGGAUCCCUGUCACCAGUCUGAUGCUGUCCCUGUGGGUUUGUACUACAAAUAAGGGCACCAAACGAUCACCUCUCACUUGUUUGGUAAUAAUCGGUUUACCCACAUCCUCCAGCUCCACUGCCAAACCACCUCCUUCCUCUAAAAACAAGUCACUCAUUUCUCCCCUCACAUCAUCCCGUUUUUUUUUUUAUUUUGUUACAUCCAGGAUUUCUACAAAUUUUAUCUCCUGUACUUGUCUACAUUGAUGGAAAAUUGGCACUGAAAUUGUUUGUGUAGGAAAUAGUUUAAGACUGCCUGAUUAAAUGGUUAACGACUGGCGCUUUUAAAAUUUUUCAGGAUUAAACUAAGUCAUUCCAUAAUUAAUUCGAAGUUCUGUUCCUCUGUUCACACAAAUAGCUGGAUCAGGUAUCCGUUACAAUGGAGUCAAUCUAUUCAAUUCAACUCUGUUUAUAUACUAUAUACAUUAUAUACUGAUCACUAAAUUAGAAAAAUAAAAACAAAAUCAUCCAAAAAAAAACAAAAAAAAAA